AUGAAACAUAUUAUUAUUCAUGUUCAUGUCCUUUUUUUAUUUGAUUUACAAACACAAGAAUGUAAACAUUAUUCACAAGUACAAUGUGGUAAACGAUUUGAAUCAAAAGAUGCUUGCGAUUAUCAUCAUUCUCAAAUAUAUAAUUCAAUAAAAAGAAAACCAUGUUGGUUAAAACCAAGUUGUUGUCAUAAAGAAAAUGUUUUUUUAUGGAAAUCAAAUACAUGA